GGACUGGCAACUCAGCUGUCUGUUAUCAGCUCAAAGGUCAUUCCACAUCAAAAAACACGGCUUAUAAGUAGCGAAUAAUGGGUGCAAGUGCACAAGUCAAGUCGUUUAACGCAGAAAAGGAUGUGCCCGAUCUUUCUGGGAAAGUGGUCCUCAUUACCGGUGGGAACCGCGGAUUAGGAAAAGAAGUCGCUUUGGCAAUUGCAAGAAAGAACCCGGAGAAGAUAUUUAUGACUGUACGUAGUAUAGAGGGUUCUAAAUCAGCACUUGAGCUGAUCGGGUCUCAAUCACAACACACAAAAAUCAUUCCUCUCCAGUGUGACUUAUCGUCCCUUAGCACUGUUCAGAAGGCUGGGGAGAACUUCCGUGCUCAAGCUUCACGUCUGGAUUUGGUUAUCUGCAGCGCUGGAAUCAUGAUUCCUCCCCCAAGUCUGACAAAGGAUGGAUACGAGGUUCAAUUUGGAACCAAUCAUCUUGGCCACGCGCUGCUGAUUCAAUCCCUUUUGCCCGUCAUGUUGCUCACAGCCAAGCAGCCCGGUAGUGAUGUUCGUUUGGUCAUCUUUACAUCACAGGGCUACAUGAUGCACCCGAACGGCGGGAUUUUAUUCGACAAGCUUCGUACAAGGCAGGACGAUCUUUUCUUGGCUCGGUAUCAACUCUAUGGCCAAAGCAAGCUCGCCAACCUCCUGUAUGCGUUUCAACUUGCAGAGCGGCACCCACAAAUAACAUCAGUAUCUAUCCACCCAGGAGUUAUAGAAACCGAGCUGGUUACUAGUCAAGCACUGCUUGACAGAUGGUUUCUCAAACUGAGCACUAUUGGAAAGAAGCUUACUUUAGAAGAAGGGGCAAGAAAUGCGCUGUGGGCCGCCACGGCAGACAGAGGCAAGAUAAAAAACGGGGGCUACUACGAACCGGUUGGGGUUAAUCAAGACUUCGCACGAUGGGCGAAAGAUAAAAAUCUGGCCCAGGAACUGUGGAAUUGGACUGAAAAGGAACUUGAGCCCUACAAAAUUCACGACACUUGGAGCUUUUCCUGAUCUUGACUGUCUAUUGACACAAUCCCCACACGUAUUAAUAGUGGCUUGAAUAUCGAUGGCAUUACCAUUACUGAAAGCUAGAAAAUGAAAUGUCAGCCGAUCGAUCAAUGUAAUGUUUAUUGUUGUUAUAAUCCUUUUAUGAUUCUUUCUUUCUCUUUUUCUUUCAUCAUUUGUUCGAGAAAACUUUGAAAAUUACCUUGUUUAAUUACUGUCUAGUUACCCUAUCUUUUUUGUCAAAUGGAG